AUGGCAUCCCAUACUCUCGCUAUCGCAAAGGCCUCCUUUACAGCUGGCCUCUUGCGUCCAGAUCCCACAUCGGUUCCUAAAGAUGAGAUCGCGACAUUUCACUCACUCCUCGACCGCGCCCUGUCGCAUUGCUCCCCAGCAAACAUCCAGACCUGCAAAGCCUGGCUACUCCACUAUGUUGCUUCUUCAGCGAACCGCCUAGCGGGGCUGGGCAAGUACCUGGUCGUGCUGGCGGGCUCCUUAGAUGUCCCCCAAGGCGCUCGGCCCAAACCGUCUCCGAAGCGUCGACGGCUCCACAUACUUUAUCUGCUCAAUGAUCUGUUCCACCACAGCAAGUACCACAUGGAUACCACGGCAACUUUCUCUACGGUCAGCGGGUCCUUGCAGCCACACAUGGUGGAUCUUCUCGGCCACACGGCCGCCUACGAAAGGCAGAAGAAUCCCCGGCACUAUCGACGACUUGAGGAUCUGCUGGACAUCUGGUCCGAGCACGGAUAUUUCAGUUCCGACCUUAUCCAUAGAUUGCGGGAGGUCAUGAAGCAUUCGGCCUCGACCGGAGCAGCCCCGCUAUCGAAUGGUCUCGAAACUGAGGGUGCCGACCCUGCCAAGAAACUGCCCGGGAAAGAGGCACCGUUUAUCAUGCCAUCGACUCAUGGGGAUCACUCCACGCCCUACUAUGAUCUGCCGGCAGGCAACUGGCUUCCUCACAUAAUCCCCAAUUCCACCAUUCCUCUUCACCCAGAGAGCAUCAAACCAUUACAAUUCCUGGCUGGUCCUGCGGAUGAAGGUCUUGUCAGUGCUCUCAAAGGGUUUUUGAAAGACGUGGAUCAGAUCUAUGGCAAGGACGACCUUGUCCUGGACGACGAAAAUGUUGACAUAGACGAGUUGGGUCAAAGAGUUACUCGAGAUGAGAUAACAGGGGAUAUUCUGGACGGCGAAACCUACUACGGCUGGUCCCGUGAAUUUUGCCAGCAAAUGAAAAAGAAAAAAUCCGACUCUCCCAGCCGUAGCCAAGGACAAGCUCUGCAAGGCCUGAAACGUCGCUAUAGCGAUAGCUCUAUGAGCGACCGGAGCAGACGAUCAGAAUCCCGACCCCGAAGUCGAUCUCGGCCCGGCCAAGAAGGUCGCCAAACCGAGUCUCGGCCACGGUCCAGAAGCCGUUCUCCACGGCGAUCACGUAGCCGGGACAGUUCAUACUCACCCCGGGAACCAUCCCCACCCCGAUUCCCUCCUCCCCACCAACCCUCACACGCCCAUCCACCUCCCCAUAAUUCCCUUCCUCCUGCUCCGUCUCACCCCUAUGGUCAUCAAUAUGGUUUCUCUGCCCCACCUCCACCUCCACCUCCUUACUCAGGAGGUUGGUCACCUGCCCCACCCCCACAAAUGCCGGCCAUGCCCUUCCCCCCACCCGGCCCCGGUAUGAAUCACCCAGCCUUCCCUCCUACUUUUUAUCCUCCUCAACAGAUGAACAUGUCCCCUGGUCAACCCCUUCCUCCAGGGCAAUACCAUUUUCCUCCUCCCCACUCUGGUGGCCAACAAGGUGACUCUUGGGGACCAUCAGCAGGACGAGGCUGGCGGUAG